AAUGACUAUCCAUUAUUCAAACUUUCGACUGAUGACGAUAAUUCAAAAUUAUUUACAUGCUCGGUUAUUGCGCAUUUGAUAGCAUUAUGCUUAUCUUUGCCCUCAAACUCUUCUCCGCUGGCAGAUUACUUGCAAAAUCUGCAAGAUUGUCAAAAUACUUUUAUUCUUACCUGUCCUUCGGACGAGCAAACAGUCAUUUUGAAUGCACUAAUGGACGAUGGUAUUACGGACAUGUCUACUAUAAGAUAUGCCUGCUCGUGUGGAUAUACGUACGUGGUUGGCGAUUGUGGUAACGUCGUUGCAGCAGGAACAUGUCCACAAUGUAAGAAACAGAUUGUUGGGCAAGGAUAUAACAUUGCUCCCGGUAACAGCCGGUUGGAUCAAAUACCAUUGACGCAGAAAGUCGAAGUCAAAGCUCAAGCAGGAUAUUUGAUCGAAACAAGAAAAACCGAAGACAAUUAUA